CCAAGCAAACGACUCCAGGUUUUCUCCCUCUUUCGGCAGCUUAACGGGGUACUGAACCAGAAACCUUAGCUCUCGAGUUCUGCAGCUGCUACUGAUCGUGACUGUAUCCUCACUUGAGAAAUGGCUCGCGAGUUCUCCAAUCGGUUCCAGCAAUCUCUUGUUCGAUGACAAGCGCUUGGACAAAUAUGAGCAUUGCAAUCAUACAUAGGGAUAUAGAGAGGGAUGGGGAGAUUCAAUGUGGAGUUAUGGGUGUUAGUUUUUAUAAUUGGAGAUUCUUGCUCACUCUCAGAAGAUCUAUACAUACAUCUGCUAAUAUUCUGGAGAGGAUGAGGAGAUCAAAUUUUAUUUCAAUAUAUUUUUUGCUUUGGAGCAUCUUGGAGCAAAUGAGCAAUGGAGCUUGUGGAGCACGGCUCACCUUAAGGAUUGCUCUCUUGGUUUUGAUUGAUUCUUGAUGAUUAAGAAUGUCAAAAGUCAGAGACAGGACUGAGGAUUUUAAAGAUGCCGUGAGGCGCACUGCUGUUUCUUUGGGAUAUGAUGAGUCUAAAUUGGCCACCAUUUUGGCAAAUUUUAUUAUCCACAAGCCUCGCCAAAGAUCAGCUUUUACUAGAGGCGCACUGAAAACACUUGAGAGCAUUAAAACACUAGAACAGUUUAUGUUGAAACAUCGUAAAGAUUAUGUGGAUCUACAUCGCACUACUGAGCAGGAGAGAGAUAGCAUUGAGCAUGAAGUUGGUGCCUUUAUUAAAGCAUGCCAAGAUCAAAUUGAUGUUUUAAAAAACAGCAUAAAUGAUGAAGAAACAAAUUCAACGGGCUGGCUUGGCAUUCGGGUUGAUAAAUCUAAUGUUGAUACUGUAGCACACAAACAUGGGGUGGUUUUGAGUUUGAGUGAGAAGCUUCACUCUGUGACCUCACAGUUUGAUCAGCUGAGAGCCAUUCGCUUCCAAGAAGCCAUUAGUAGAGCAAUACCAAGAAGAAAAUUUAAGCCUAUUAUUACCAAACCAAGUUCUGAAAAUUCAUCUCAACUAAACAAUUUUGAGCCUAGAGAAGCUGAUCAAUUUCAACCGGAGCCUCUAAAAGUCAAGCAACAGCUCUUGGAUGAUGAAACACGUGCUCUUCAGGUCGAGCUGACUAGCCUUCUAGAUUCUGUUCAAGAAACCGAAACUAAGAUGGUGGAAAUGUCAGCAUUGAAUCAUCUCAUGGCUACACAUGUUUUGCAUCAAGCCAAACAAAUAGAACAACUAUACGAUCAGGCUGUUGAAGCUACACACAAUGUGGAGCUUGGUAACAAAGAACUGUCCCAAGCUAUCCAAAGGAAUAGCAGCAGCAGGACCUUUCUUAUUCUUUUCCUAUUUGUACUCACAUUUUCAAUUUUGUUUCUUGAUUGGUACAGUUAGUUAAAAUGUUUUCACCUCCAAUUAACAAAAUACUAUAUUUCUCUUUGUACUUAUUUCAUUGAAAAGGGGAAAAAAUAAGAAAAGGAAAUGGAAUUUGGUCCUAAA